UAGAACGAAGGUGUAGGAGGCUCAGAUUGGGUAAAUUAUUUUACGUUUCUUAAAAAUGUUUUUAUUAUUGUUCAUUGCCUUGUUUUUUUGAUAAUAAUAACACCGCGAUUUCGCCGUCGUAAGACGUGCGUUUCAAUAAUUAAAAUAUUUUGGGCCGCGCCAAUAAAUAUAUUUGGCGGCCCGUAAUAACCUCUUUUAAAAUAAAUGUAUAAUUAUUUAGUGUACCUGUAAACAAUCCUUAGAACGCAGAUAGUUAGAACAUGAACUUUACUCAAAAGUGAUGUUAUUUCGUUUGAUUAAGGUAGUUUCACAUUAAUAUUGAAGAAUGGCCAGAUCAUUACUAGCAAGUUGAAGCGAUUAUAACGAAUUUCUUUAUUUGACCAAUUGCUUCUGGCUAUCAUUGGUUUGCUGUGUUCAAUUCAGCCUCACGUAAUAUAUAAAGUUAGUCAAAAAGUUUACAGUUUCAUUAAAUACUGAUGUCCAAUGAUCAACAUUUAUGGUAUGGAUGAUGAUGCUGAUCUUGGAGAGUCAUUGGCUUCUAAUUUGAACCAUCCAUCACAUAGUUCAUCGAGUUUAUCAAAAUUAGAUAUGUCUAGCAAUCAGAUGUUAGAUAAUUGGCGUUUAAGUGUACACUGUACAACUUCAUUAGAUGAUUAUUGUGAUGGAGAAUUAGAAAAACAAGAUUGUGAUCCAUGUCCAUCAUCAUCUGGAUUUUCAUAUGAUUUAACUUCUUUUCCUAAAUCAACAUCAUCUGCAAUGUCAAUGUUUUACCCACAUCUAAAUAGCUAUGAUAUCCAUCCAUUGCUCAUGAAUCAAAAAAGAAGACCAGUAGAAUCAUCUCUUAUAGAUCCUCCCAAUUUGCCACCUCACCCUCUUAUACCAGAUGUGUCUAGACAAAUUAUACAUAAAUCUAAGGUACGAGGAAAAGUUACGAAUCGACAAUCAGAUUAUAAUUGUGGAGAAUUACCGAACUGUGAUCAAACAUUUAUUGUAGAUGCUGAUCGAUGUCAACGUAAAACAUUUUAUUGUGUAGCAUGUAGUAAAACAUUUAAAUUUCAAACAUCAUUGUUAAGACACAACAAUAAGGUACAUAUCAGUAAGUACCAGUGUCAGUCUUGUCAUCGUGUUUUUUCUAGACAAGCAUAUCUUGAUGUACAUACUUCUAAACAAGGAAGUUCAUGUUACUUAGCCAAUAGUUAUACUAUUACUAAGUCAAAAAAAUAAACUACUUGGCAUUGAAAUGAUUUGGCCAUAAAUUGUUAAAUAUAUAUAGGUGAUUUGUGCAUCAUAAACCACUCGUUUACUCAUAAAAUAAUAAUAAAAAUAUAUUUAUAAGGAUAAGAAUUUUUUAUUUGUAUUUUUCAGUAAUAUUUAAUUUUUGAUUUAUCCAUUAAGUAUUUUUUUGGUCCUUCUCUUAUGCGUUAUAGAGGUAUGAACUUAUUUUUAUUAAAAUCAAUUUUAAUUUUAUAAAUUUAUAGAAUUUUUCUGUUAAAUUAUAGUAUUUGAAUUUUUUAUAUAAAUUUUUUUUUUUUUUUUCGGUAGAAUAUUUUAAAGUUUCAAUUUUUGGAUUAUAGCAAUAGGUAUACACUAUUAACCGGUAAACCUAUAAUUUAUAAUAACUGUUGUGUAUCAAUAAAUAGCUUGGUAGUAAAAAUCAGUAUUCGUGAUAGUUAACAGUCUAUAUCUAUACUCAAAUAAUUGAAACAUUAAAUUAUUAUAUCAAAUAAACAAAUAAAGUUAUAUAAAAAGUUCUAAUGCCGUAGAUUAAAAAAAAAAAAAAAACUUCUGUUAUGUAAAAAAAAUACAUAAUAUUGAAUAAAUCAAAAAUUAUAUGUAACUGAAAAAAUUAAAAAUGCUCAAAAUUAUUAUAAUUUUAUGACAAAUAUUUUGGUUUAUGAUUUAUAAAUCACCUUGUAUUUCCAAAAUUAAACGUGUUCACAUUUUUAUAUAAAUCAGGGUACUACAAAAAUGGAUGUUCAGCUAAAAUUUUGAUUAUGCAUUUUUUUUAAAUAUUGUAACUACAAUACUUAUAUUCUAGUCAAAUAACAGUCUACAUAUUAGACAAAACUGUUGUACAGAUCUUCUGUUAUAAAGAUCACAAAAUCUCAAUUUGAUUAUAACCCAUUCUGUAUUUAUAAAUAAAAUUAUAUCUCACCAUUUGUUACAAUUCACUCAAUUAAGCUAAAUUACUGAUAUAUAUAUAUAUAUAUAUUUUUUUUUUAUUUUUAUUCAAAAAUAUAUGAGUGACAUUGUUGGAAAAUUAAUAAUACUAUUUAAAAUUUAAAUUGACAUAAAGUAUUGUAUUUCAUACUAAUAUAUUUUAUUAACCAUAUUUUUCUAAGCAUAUUACUAUUUAUUUAUAUCUAUGUUGUAUAAACUGAUAUAAAAAUUUUUAACUGAUGAUUUUUAUAAAGUAUAAGAAUAUAUACAAUAAAAGAAAAUAAAAAGACAUAUUUAAUGCCAUUAUAUUUUUAUAGUAUUUAAAUAUUGGUAUUUUUCAUAAUAACUUUAAACCUAUGUGUCAUUAUUAUAUAUUGUUUUUUAAUUAAUCUUAAUUCUACUUUUAUUUAAUUUACUUUAUUUGAUUGCUUAUUUUAUUGAUGACUGAAAAAAUGUUGAGAUUAAUAAUUUUAUAUAAAAUAUAUAUGCAUAUUGUGUUAAAUAUAUAUUGUUUAUUGAUAUAUAAUUAAAUUAGUUAUUGUUUAUUAUAUUUAUGAAUACAUGUUAUUGUUUAUCAUACCUAAAUUUAUGUUGUAUUAAAUUAUAUUUAUGUUACAGUAAU